AAGCGGUACCGAGGGAGGCCCGCGGGAGCGGCGGCGACGUGUCGCCUGUGCGGCGCUGGGAGCACUUCCCCAGGGUUCUGGGCUAGGAAGGCGGCGGCUGCGUGUCUCCUCACCCACCCUUGGCGGAGCCAGCGGGCCUGGCAGCGUGGGGCGGCGGCGGCGGCGGCGAAGGCCUGGGCUGGGAGCGUUGGCGGCCGGGGUCCCAGCCAUGGCCGAGUCCGUGGAGCGGCUGCAGCGGCGGGUGGAGGAGCUGGAGCGGGAACUGGCACAGGAGAGGAGUCGGCGGGCCGUGGGGGGCGGCGACGGAGGAGGCGGCCGGGUCCGCAUCGAGAAGAUGAGCCCGGAGGUUGUGGACUCCAACCCCUACAGCCGCCUGAUGGCAUUGAAACGAAUGGGAAUUGUAAGCAACUAUGAGAAAAUCCGAACCUUUGCUGUAGCAAUAGUAGGUGUUGGUGGAGUUGGUAGUGUGACUGCUGAAAUGCUGACAAGAUGUGGCAUUGGUAAGUUGCUACUCUUUGACUAUGACAAGGUGGAACUGGCCAAUAUGAAUAGACUUUUCUUCCAGCCUCAUCAAGCAGGAUUAAGUAAAGUUCAAGCAGCAGAAUAUACUUUGAGGAAUAUUAAUCCUGAUGUUCUUUUUGAAAUACACAACUAUAAUAUAACCACAGUAGAAAACUUUCAACAUUUCAUGGAUAGAAUAAGUAAUGGUGGAUUAGAAGAGGGAAAACCUGUUGACCUAGUUCUUAGCUGUGUGGACAAUUUUGAAGCCCGGAUGACAAUAAAUACAGCUUGUAAUGAACUUGGGCAAACAUGGAUGGAGUCUGGGGUCAGUGAAAAUGCAGUUUCAGGGCAUAUACAGCUCAUAAUUCCUGGAGAAUCUGCUUGUUUUGCGUGUGCUCCACCACUUGUAGUUGCUGCAAAUAUUGAUGAAAAGACUCUGAAACGAGAAGGUGUUUGUGCAGCCAGUCUUCCUACCACAAUGGGAGUGGUUGCUGGGAUCUUAGUACAAAAUGUGUUAAAGUUUCUGUUAAAUUUUGGUACUGUUAGUUUUUACCUUGGAUAUAAUGCAAUGCAGGACUUUUUUCCUACCAUGUCCAUGAAACCAAAUCCUCAGUGUGAUGACAGAAAUUGCAGGAAGCAGCAGGAAGAAUAUAAGAAAAAGGUAGCAGCACUGCCCAAACAGGAGGCUGCUCCAGAAGAGGAAGAGAUUAUACAUGAAGAUAAUGAAUGGGGUAUUGAGUUGGUAUCCGAGGUUUCAGAAGAGGAACUGAAAAAUUCUUCAGGUCCAGUUCCUGACUUACCUGACGGAAUUACAGUGGCAUACACAAUUCCCAAAAAGCAAGAAGAUUCUGUAGCUGAAGUAACUGUGGAAGAUUCUGGUGAAAGCUUGGAAGACCUUAUGGCCAAGAUGAAGAAUAUGUAGAUAAUGGACUGACCUAUAUUUUAUUUCCUGAGUUAAGCCUAUACCCUUGCAAUUAAAAAAAAAAAAAAAACAUUUAAAAACUGAGAAAGCUUAGGGCAAGAUUACUUGAUAUAUAAUCUUCAUAGAAUUGUUACACUUUUUGAAAAUAGUGUUGUUUGUCCCUUUUUCUCUUUAACUAAAUCCAUAACUCCUAAAACUCAUGUUUCAAUCUAGUUAAAACUUGAAAACCCAGCCACUGAAAUACUUUGCCCUUUUGGGAGGGGUUGGAAGAAAGGAUCGAUAUGAUGUUCUAUUUGUUCUCCUUCCAGUAAUCCUUUGUGGUCUGUGGCCCAAGACCAUGGAUAAUAAAGUAGUAUGUGGUUCUCAAAUAUAGGGAAAGGACAGGAGGUACAAUCAAUUGAUUAGAGCUAGCAGAUAUCUACUCAUUUUAUGUAGAAUCCCUCUCUAUAAGAAAACUGUCCACUGUUAUUAACUUGGCCAACAAUGAAUUUAAAAUAGUUAAUCUAUAAAAUAAAAAAUAUCCUCUCAAAUGUUAA